AUGGCUGCACCAACGACUUCAACCAAUGAUUUAUCUCAAGAGGGACUUAAUGCAUCUAUAGAUUUUACCCAAGUUAACUUAUCGGAAAUGAGCUUGGCUGAAACACAGAACCAUAAUGACAUAGAAUCGUUACUAAUUCCACAAUACAAAGAAAUCACUUCUUUUUUAGACGAAGUUGUGGAUGAAUUCGAAAUCGGUCAACUUGUUCAUCUUGAAUCCUUUGGAUUGUAUGAUGCGAUGAGUUCAAUCGAGAUUAUGGAUCCAAAAAUGGAUAGUGGAAUGAUACUUGAUAGUGAUUUGAACAAAAAGCCAUUUGAAAUAAAAGCUCAAUUGAAGCCUGAGCAAGUUCUUUGGAUUAUGGAUCGAUUAUUUAUUUGUGAGAUGACAUGGCACACUGGCCAUUCUCUAUCUCAAACUUUGUUUACUUGCAUGUAUCUGCAUUAUGUUCCAGAACUUAAACCGGAGUUGUUUUCAAAUAUUACUGAUACCAGUAAUGAUAUAGCUGAUCUAAAUGCUGAGACACCUAUAGAAUUUGUUAUACUAGUUCUUAAAGCUUAUGUUAUGGGCACUGUUAAAUGUUGCCAACUAGUUUUAGAUGAAAUGGCAAAAGGAAACGUGUAUGAAGAAGAAGAUUUUGCAACGAAUAAAUAUGGAAUUUCAAUAUACGAAGAUUUUCCAGAGUCACAAGCCAUAAAGUUACUAGAUGAUGCUGAGACUUGGAUGGAACAAUAUGGUGGGCCGUGGAUUCGACUGCAUGCUCAAAAUCAAAUUUCGAUUGCAAUGAAGCUACUGAAUGGUUCUCAAGAUGAAAUUAAUGUAAAUAAUACAUUAGAUUUAGGAGUUGAAGUCGAAGGAGGUAAUAUUCCUUCUUUUGAUCCUUUGAUCAAUCGUAAAUUAAUAUCACAAACACCUCCACGACCAAUUCGUCUUUUGUCAGCACAGGAGAGAUUUUUGACAUACCACGCUGCGCAGCAGCCAACACCUUGCGCAUUUUCAAGGUCAUUAUUACAGUCAACUGUUUAUACCGAGAAUCGGAUUCUUGGCAAAAUAUCUGUAUAUCAAUUGGUAAAAGAUUCUGUAACAGAGUUAACAAACCCACCAUAUGUUUAUUUCACGGCCAAAAACGAAAUGGACAUAUUGACUAAUGGCGCACGUAUUGAUGAAGCAAAAUAUAAAAUAUCAAAGUUGAUACAUACAUUUGUUGAUAGCACUAUGAAGCCAUUGACAGACUAUUAUCGGAUUCUAUGUCAUAAUCGUUCAAGGCAACGACGGAAUAUGUGUAAAGUGCUCGCAGAUUGGGACUUGCUGCAAGAAGAAUCUGAACACUUAGACAUUGAAUUGCAGUCAAUAAUUAAAGAAGAGCCGUUAAAGACAGAUGAAGGGCAAUCAUAUUCUUUCCAUCUUUCUUCAUGGGUUUACCAUCACAAAUUGAUUUUGAUGGAAGAAAUUUUAUUCCUUGGAUUUGAGCUUGAAUUGUACGGGAAUCAUGAAUUUGUAAUGAUAUAUUGGUAUCUUGAUUAUUUAUUAGGUGUUCAUUGUCAACACCUAGAGAGGAUACAUAUGCAUGCAACAGAUGAUAGAAAGUUCAAAAAACAGAAAAGCCUUCAAUAUGCACCCUCUUCAUUAUCAACUGUGCCAUUAAUAAUAAGUUACCAGACAUUUGUUGUGGCUCGGCAAGAUAUAUGUCGUGGGAUUCGCAGGAUCAUAACUGCGCUCCAAAAAACAGGGCACUUUAAACCACCUCAACUAGAAUUUGAUAAUGAAAGUACACGUUUUUGGCAUAGAUUUAAGGUGUACCGAACCUUAGGGAGCCCAACGAUGUUAACAUUCCAAGAACUCAAAGAAAUGACACAGUUAGACAAUAUUACGACACUCGACCUUUUUAAUGUGUCUCUUCGGAAUUUUCAGUCAGCUAGAACUUCGAUAGAAAGCUUACUUUCUAUGAAACCUUCCGACACUAGAAUGGAAUAUUGCCAUGCAGAAUUCAUAAAAGACCUCCGGGCCAUGCUUCGAGUAUGCAUUGCAAAUAUCGUAAAUUUACUAAAGAUUAUAGAUGAGUUUAAAUCGAUCAAUGAACCAAAUAAAAAUCAAGAUAACGAUGGAGAAUCAAAUAAGAAAGGGCAUCCGUCAACCUUUGAAGAUCCUAAGGCCAGGAUACAAAUAAUCAAGAUAAGAAGAGUAAGAUUUGAUUUCAUUUGGAAAGAUAUUAGAAUUUUGAUCCGUUUAAUGACAAUUUAA